GUAGUGUGCAGUCAGCGGGGAGCAGUGCUGAGAACGGACUCUUCUUGAAACUUGCUCUGGUUUGGUAACACGAGCCGGCUGGUGAAUAGGAGACUUGGUUUCAACGAUCACUGACAUACCUUCUGCUACUGGCAAAACGGCAGUACUCUUGUGGCGGCGGUGGUGGUAACAGUGGUGAUGGAGGUGGCGGCAACAAUGGUGGUGACGGCGGGCUAUACUGACCACUGCACACCCACAAACAGCCAUAAACACUAAAAAAAACACUCUUAUAUACCGAAAACACUCGUAAACACACUCAAAACACCCCCACACACAUCCAGAACAUGUCUACACACACACACGCACACACAAGUGAGGUGAAGUGAAGUAUUGCUACAUCACUGACAGUUUUCAAGCAACACCAAGCACCAGCACCAAACACCAAGUGGCAAGCCUGCACCACAACCCUCCACACUGCCUUAUCUUCAUCAAUUAAAGGCCCAGGCGUGUAGAUGGCAGCAAUAAAAGGAAGGCGAAGGAAAAACAAUGAAGGAGGAUGAAGAAAAAAUGAGAAAUAGAAGCGGAAUAGGAGAAGGAGCCACGGUGUAAUAUUUAGAGAGAACUGUUCAGCCGGUGCCACAGUGCCAGUGAUGUUGGGUGCCCCUGGCUGCCUGCUGAGGGUGCUCGGGUGUGGGGAGAGGGCGUGGGUGAGGAGCAGCAGGGUGGUGGCGCGGCGGCCUGUGCGUGUCCACCUGAAGGGGCCGCAGCAGGAGGCGCAGCAGGUGAUCAGGGAGUAUGAAGACAUGCAGGCCGCCGCUAGCAGGAAAGUUAUGAUUCCAGGGCAGAAAAGUAAACACAGUGAACAAGCACCACCAGCUGUUGACCCAGACCCUAACCCAGACAAGCUGCUGAGGAAUCGCAUCCACUUCAAGCUGCUCUCUGGUGCCGGGAGCUAUGAGAGAAAACUGCUGGAGAACAUGAAACAUCCUAAGUACCGCAGUGAACACCAGCUGUUUGUGGCAGAGGGUCACCGCAUCAUCCGUGAGGCACUGGAGCACGGCGCCACACCUGCAGCACUCUACUUCACACGACUCGGACUAGUAGCAGCACUCAAGGCGCCGCCAUCCGAGUUAAAGCUGGAGCAUGUCAUCGCCCUCAAUGACCUCCCACUGUUCAAGGCGCCCUACAAGACCCUGCAGAUGUGGUCAUCUGUCACUACCUCGCCAGGCAUUGUGGGAGUGUUCAAAAUUCCUACCAUUGAACCCACCACCACCACCACCAUCAGCCCGCCCCUCACCCUGGUGCUGGAUGAGCUGCGGGAGCCAGGUAACCUUGGUGGAGUGCUGCGUACUGCUGCAGCUGUUGGUGUACAUCAAGUGCUGCUCAUGAAAGGCUGCUGUGACCCGUGGGACGUCAAGGUGGUGAGGGCUGGCUGUGGCGCACACUUCCGCCUCAGAAUCCACACAAAACUCACCUGGGACAGCAUCAUGAACUGCGUGCCAGAGAGUGCUAAGAUCUUCCUUGCUGAUGUGCACCGUGGGGAGGAUGCAGAGGAUAUGUUAGGGGUAGCUGGGGAGGAAGAGGAAGAUGGUGCUGCCAUAAAGCAAAGGAAAAUUAACAUUAGGAGAGACAGCUCAGAGGACAAUGUGUAUGAGUUAGACAUUGAAGGUAAUAAGGUAAUGGUGGACAACAGCUACAGUGACCCAGAGCACUUAGAACUGUACAAGAAUGUGCCUCUCCGUACCGUGAGAUACGACCAGCUAGGCUUGGGAGGGUCAGAUGGAGGUGCUGUGCUUGUUGUAGGUGGAGAGGUGGGUGUCAGUAAUGCUGCUAAGAAAUUUGUAUCUGAUAAUUGUGGCACCAAGGUGACUGUUCCGCUGGCUAAUGGCAUGGAUAGCCUCAAUGUUGGGGUCGCGUCGGGUGUUGUUCUUUAUGAGAUGCAAAAGCAGCUGCACAAUAUUACCUCAAAAAAACUGCAGGAGAAAUAUGAGAGUGGGGGAUAACUCUUCACCAGUGUGUAUUUAAGUGUCCUCAUUAUGAUUACUAGUGUUGAAGAGUGGUCUGUGGAUUGUACAUCAGAAUUUAGGAACAAUGUGAUCAAUGUGUACCAGCAGCUGUAGUGCACCUGUUAUAGAUUGUGUAAUUAGGUUCAAGAUAAUUGUGGAUAUGAAAAAGUCAAAGAACCAUCAAAAGAAAAAUAUGGAUAUAAGUUAAGUUUCUUUUCUAUUUACUGUAUAUAUGUUUUAUAAUUUGACAUUCUUUUUACUA